AGAAACGUUGCUAACUUCGGUGUAGUUUUUCCCGCAGUUUGGCGUCCACAAGAUUGAAAAAAUUAUUACAAGAAAUUUCUAUGUAUUUAGAUCAAUAGGACAAUUCAGAACUUAUAUGAUUUAUAUUCCAGUGCAGUUUUGAUGAGACGACGAUGUUAUUACUGUGAUUGUUUUGUUUGUUCCCGUGUACUGUGGUGAUUUUUGUAAACAUCAGGAGGAACAUUGCCCCACGUCUAUGACUUCUUAUUGGCAGCAUGGCGGAAAUAGUGUACCCGCAAGGCUGCCGCCCCAUUACCGAUGACCUUGGAGCUGAUGAGCUGGUCCGGAGACUCAAGGUACUGGCUCACACCCUCCAGGGUCUGGGCCAGGAUGAGGGCAUGUACCAGCAGUACAUCCCUCUGGCGCUGCACCUGGCCGACGAGUUCUUCCUGACGCACGCCUCGCGCGACGUGCAGCUGCUCAUAGCGUGCUGCAUCGCGGACGUGCUGCGAGUGUACGCGCCCGAAGCGCCGUACAAGGACCAGGAGCAGGUCAAGACGAUAUUCCUGUUCCUGAUCAAGCAACUACAAGGUCUGCGAGACCCAAAGGAUCCGGCGUUCAAGCGAUACUUCUACUUGUUAGAGAACCUGGCCUACGUGAAGUCCUUCAACAUGUGUUUCGAACUGGAGGACUGUCAAGAGAUCUUCUGUGCACUCUUCUCGCUUAUGUUCAGGAUUGUCAAUACGGAACACUCGACGAAAGUGAAGUCCUUCAUGCUGGACGUCCUCUGUCCCCUCAUCACAGAAUCAGAUGUUGUCUCCAACGAGCUCCUCAACGUGAUCCUGACGAACCUGGUGGAGCCGAACAAGCGCGAACACAAGUACGCGUACGCGCUCGCUAAGGAGCUCAUAGUGAAGACCAGCGAGACGCUGGAGCCAUAUAUUCAGGCGUUCUUCAACCACGUCCUAAUCCUCGGCAAAGAAGAAAAAGAGCUGUUAAUCUUCUCCAAAGUAUACGAGCUUAUCUACGAGCUUUACCAGUGCUGUCCUGCCCUACUUCUGUCAGUACUACCACAGCUGGAGUGCAAACUCAAGUCCGCACAGUUCCAAGAGAGACUCAGCGGCGUCGCCUUACUAGCUAGGAUGUUCUCAGAGCCCGGGUCAGAACUCGCCAAACAGUACCCGGGCCUCUGGCGAGCGUUCCUGGGAAGAUUCAACGACCUAUCUGUACCCAUUAGAAUCAAAUGCGUGCAAUACUGCAUGCACUUUCUAGUACACCACCCGGAUUUGAGGAAAGAUAUAACGGAAACACUCAAGAUGAGACAGCACGAUGCGCAUGAGCAAGUGCGCUAUGAAGUGGUCAUGGCUAUAAUAGCGACGGCGCAGAAAGACUUCCAAGCAGUCGCCGAGUCGGAAGACCUGUUACACUUCGUCAGAGAAAGAACACUUGAUAAGAAAUUCAAAAUUAGAAAAGAGGCCAUGUCGGGACUGGCGAUGAUAUACAAAAAGUUUCUGACAGAAGAAAGCGUGCCUCCAGCGACAGAAAUAGCAGUGCGGUGGAUCAAAGACAAAAUCCUUCAUGGAUACUACAUGACGGCAUUAGAAGACCGGCUGCUAGUAGAACGGUUACUAAACACCUCACUGGUUCCGUACACAUUACCCGCCUCUGUGCGGAUGAAGAAGCUAUAUUACCUUAUGUCAAAUGUCGACGAUAACGCGACAAAAGCGUUCAUUGAACUCCAAAAACACCAAUUGGCCGUUCGACGCACGGUGGCAGAGUGGAUAGAGCUGCAUAGGAAACCUCCCACGCCGGCCGUACAAAAGAAAAUGAUCUCUAAAGUGCUGCACAUAAGCUCCAAAUUCCUGCCGGAGUCGGUAAAGGCGCAAGAGUUCCUGAACAAAUUUUCGUUACAUAUGAAGCAAGCUCCUGAACUGUUGCAAGGAAUGGAGACUAUUCUGAACCCUAACGUGAGCUGCGAAGUGUGCGUACGCACUACUUCAAGCGUUCUCAAGAAACUAGGCCAGCCGGUGAUGACGAAUCUGUAUUACAACACGGUUAAGAUGCUCUUAGAGCGAGUGAGCUCAGUGAUGAUCGACCACGAGUCUCUGCUGAUACUGGUGGGCUACGUCGACGGAGCUGUCAAAGGCACCGACCAGUCCCUCGCCGAGGAGUGUGGCAUAGACAUAAAGAAAUGCGCCGAGCGCGGUCUGAAGCUGUUAGUGAUGCUAUCAUUCGUGUUCCCCGCACAUUUCCUGCACGAAGACGUGUUGAACCGGCUGACGAAUCUACUGGAGUUGGACGACGAGAGUGUGGCGCCUCAUAUACUGGCCGCGCUCACGUUCCUAGGAAAAUACAGGCCGCUUAGUAAGUUAAUUAGCGACGCAUGUCCAGCGCUGUUCCCGAAACUAAUCACACUUUGCAAAGCGUACGCGGAGGUCGGCACGCCCAAACAAGCCAAGAAUGCUGUCAGGUGCCUAUUCGUGAACGUACCAGAGCAACGGACGCAGAUCUUCACGGAGAUCCUGGAGACGCUGAAGGCCACGCUGAGCCCGCACUCGGAACACUACCGCACCGCCAUCGUCACGCUGGGCCACGUGGCGCACAACCUGCCCGACAACUUCCCCGUGCACAUCAAGAACAUCGUCUCCAGGAAGACGCAGAUCUUCACGGAGAUCCUGGAGACGCUGAAGGCCACGCUGAGCCCGCACUCGGAGCACUACCGCACCGCCAUCGUCACGCUGGGCCACGUGGCGCACAACCUGCCCGACAACUUCCCCGUGCACAUCAAGAACAUCGUCUCCAGGAAGAUAGUAAAAGAGCUCCUAGUUCGCGAAGGGGGCGGCGGCCCAAACGCGCCCCAAGGCGACUGGUGCAAAGAGGAGGACCUACCAGAAGAAACCCGCUGCAAACUAGAAGGACUCAAGUGCAUGGCGCGAUGGUUGCUCGGCUUGAAGAAGGACGAGCUAUCAGCACAGAAGACUUUCAGGAUGCUAAACGCGUUUAUAGUUCACAAGGGCGACUUGUUGCAACAAAACCAGCUGUCGAAAGCGGAGAUGGCACAUCUGCGGCUGGCAGCCGGCGCGGCCAUGCUGAAGAUUUGCGAGCAGAAGGGCGUCGGCGACCAGUUCACGGCGGAACAGUUUUAUAACCUGUCGCAUUUGAUGAUUGAUGAAGUACCACAAGUGAGAGAAUUAUUCGCAACAAAAUUACACAAAGGACUUUCAAAGGGCAUCCCCAACAAGUGCCUACCACUAGACUUCAUGGGGAUGUACGCGUUAGCGGGACGAGAGCCCGACCGCCGCAUCCGCUCCGUCAUCCGCCAGUUCAUGUUGGCGGACGUGGUGCGACGCCGCGAGUACAUCCGCAACAUCACGGUCGGCACCAAAGGUGACGGCCGCGAGCCCGACCGCCGCAUCCGCUCCGUCAUCCGCCAGUUCAUGUUGGCGGACGUGGUGCGACGCCGCGAGUACAUCCGCAACAUCACGACUUCAUGGGGAUGUACUAGCGGCCGCGAGCCCGACCGCCGCAUCCGCUCCGUCAUCCGCCAGUUCAUGUUGGCGGACGUGGUGCGACGCCGCGAGUACAUCCGCAACAUCACGACUUCAUGGGGAUGUACUAGCGGCCGCGAGCCCGACCGCCGCAUCCGCUCCGUCAUCCGCCAGUUCAUGUUGGCGGACGUGGUGCGACGCCGCGAGUACAUCCGCAACAUCACGACUUCAUGGGGAUGUACUAGCGGCCGCGAGCCCGACCGCCGCAUCCGCUCCGUCAUCCGCCAGUUCAUGUUGGCGGACGUGGUGCGACGCCGCGAGUACAUCCGCAACAUCACGACUUCAUGGGGAUGUACUAGCGGCCGCGAGCCCGACCGCCGCAUCCGCUCCGUCAUCCGCCAGUUCAUGUUGGCGGACGUGGUGCGACGCCGCGAGUACAUCCGCAACAUCACGACUUCAUGGGGAUGUACUAGCGGCCGCGAGCCCGACCGCCGCAUCCGCUCCGUCAUCCGCCAGUUCAUGUUGGCGGACGUGGUGCGACGCCGCGAGUACAUCCGCAACAUCACGACUUCAUGGGGAUGUACUAGCGGCCGCGAGCCCGACCGCCGCAUCCGCUCCGUCAUCCGCCAGUUCAUGUUGGCGGACGUGGUGCGACGCCGCGAGUACAUCCGCAACAUCACGGUCGGCACCAAAGUGGAGCGCGCAGUAUCGCAGCUGCCGCACAUCCUGCCCGACUACAUGCUGGUGUUCGCGGUGCCGGUACUGACGCACGACCCGGCGUUCACGGCGUACGACAACGUCGCUCAGCUCAAGGUGGUGAAGCAAUGCCUCUGGUUCAUCCUGGAGCCGCUCAUCACGCGCAACGACUUCUACUGCUACGGCUUCUACAAGAGCCUGGUGGAGCGGAUGAAGAACCACAAGGACGCUCUUAACGAGACGGACGACGCUGUUAACUAUAAACUGUGGGCGGUAUGCGACCUGGCGAUGUCGGUGAUCUGGGUGCGCUCGUCGAGCUUCGAACUGGGAGACUUCUUAUCGGACGCUCGCAUCCCUACUAUGUACUUCGCGCCGCAGUCAGAGUACUUCGUCAAUACGCGUGUGUUCCUGCCGCCAGAGCUGCAGUUCCAGCCGAAGCGGACACCUACAACGACAGAGGUGCCGGCGCCGCGCGGCAAGAAGCGCCCGCGCGCCUCUCCUGCCGAUGAAUCUAGCGUCGACGCCGAGCCAUCAGAAGCGUCUGACACCCAGAUCCAACUACCGGGCCUUGAACAACCGCCAGAGACGGAUCUAGAGGAGCCUCAGGCGAAACGCACCAUCAGCGAGUGAACACCCAUGAGCUAAGCUAUUCUCCAAUAAAUGGUAUAACAACACAGACAAA